UCGAGCCUGAGAAACAAGGGCUGCCGCCGCCGCCGCCGGCGACCGUCCAUAGCGAGGCCUGGGCGGGCAAGCGUCCAGACGUGUUACCGCCGCGAGGAGUGAUAUCCUAAGAGAAGAUGGGAAAGGGCUGUAAGGUUGUGGUUUGUGGCUUGUUAUCUGUGGGGAAAACAGCGAUUUUGGAGCAGCUCCUUUAUGGGAAUCACACCAUUGGAAUGGAGGACUGUGAAACAAUGGAAGAUGUGUAUAUGGCUUCAGUGGAAACGGAUCGGGGAGUCAAGGAACAGUUACAUCUUUACGACACCAGAGGCCUGCAGGAAGGUGUGGAGCUGCCGAAGCAUUAUUUUUCGUUUGCUGAUGGCUUUGUUCUCGUGUACAGUGUGAAUAACCUUGAAUCCUUUCAAAGAGUGGAGCUUCUGAAGAAAGAAAUUGAUAAGUUCAAAGAUAAAAAAGAGGUGGCAAUUGUUGUAUUAGGAAACAAAAUUGACCUUUCUGAGCAGAGACAAGUGGACGCCGAAGUGGCACAGCAGUGGGCCAAGAGUGAGAAAGUGCGCCUGUGGGAGGUGACGGUCACCGACCGCAAGACCCUGAUCGAGCCCUUCACUCUGUUAGCCAGCAAACUCUCCCAGCCCCAGAGCAAGUCGAGCUUCCCUCUGCCUGGGAGGAAAAACAAAGGGACCUCCAGCUCUGAGAACUAAGACUUAGAUGCCACAACUCUUCCUUGAAUAGUGACUGCCUUUAGGUGUCUGUGAACAUAUUUAAAAUAGGCCAUUGGUAUCUGCUUUUGGUCCUUAGG